UAAAAAAUUCGUAAUCUCUUAUUCCGCUUUCAAACUCAGCCCGCCGCUGAUUUUCCGGCUGUUUCCGCCGCCAUUCUUCCGCCCACUGAUUCCGAACCACCGGAAUUUCUCCGCCAAGCAUGGGCUCCAUCAAUAGCGCCGGUGCCGGAAUCGUCACCGUCGACGUCAAGACGGCCAAGGAGCUGCUCGAUUCCGGCUACGCUUUUCUGGACGUUAGAACUGUGGAGGAGUUCGAGGAAGGGCACGUGGCGACGGAGAAGAUCUUCAAUAUUCCUUAUCUCUUCAAUUCUCCAAGUGGUAGGGUGAAAAAUGAUCGGUUUCUGGAGGAGGUAUCCGUGGUUUUCAAGAAAGACGACCGG